AUGUUUAAGGUAUUAGAUCGUCUUGUAUCGGACAUAAACGAAAUUGAUGAAUAUUUAUCUGAUAUUGUGCUACCUAUAAUUAUUUUGCUUCCAGCAAAUUUACCCAAUUGUUCCAAGCAAGAAGUGGAAAAUUUAUGCGCAGCAUUUCCACAGGACUUCAAAGAUCCAGACGCUAUGUGUGCAGAGAUUAAGUUAAUAUCUUCCGAUAUCGAGAAAAGUGGUGCCAAAAAUCUGAAGGAAGCAGCGAAGUGUGUACUUGGAAAACAACAGUUUUAUCCCAACCUGACGAAAGCGUACCAGCUUGCAUUAACAAUUCCAGUUUCUGUCGCAAGUAAUGAGCGUUCAUUUAGUAAACUAAAACUUGUUAAAAGCUAUUUGCGAUCAACGAUGAAAGAAAACCGUCUUGACGACUUGAUGAUUUUAUCUUCAUCUGUAGAUAUAUUAGACGAACUUGAGUUGGAUAAAGUAGCUAACUCGUGGUCUUUAUAUAAAUCAAGAAUGAUAAAAAUCUAGUUUUGCUAAAAUCAUUAUUAAUUAAUUCCUAAGGUAUAUGAUAUGUGCAAUAGGUACCAUACUUGAAAAUUACCAAAUAUGUAUACUCAAAUUACAACUUUUAUCCUAUAAAAAUUUGUAUUGUAAUGUUCGACAAUUGGAAAGGGAAACGCCCUUUUCGUCGGUAAAAAUGGGAUGCUACACCCCCCCACUAGAAAUGGCCCAGGAACGCCACUGGCCAUGCAGUGGCCCACUACGUUAUUCAACAUUGACAGUGUCUUUAAAUAUAGCAGAGAACAAUAUUUAAAAACAUUGUCAUUGUCUUUAUAGCUUACUAUGUUAAUCAAUGCGUGUUAUUAAUACAUGUUUAUUUUCCUGUUUAUGACCGACUUGUUUAUUAACACAAAAGAUUGUCCAUGUAUUAGCCCCCCCCCCCAUUUAUAAGCCCCCGUCCUUGCAGAAGGCCAUCAAAAAUCGCCCAGGGCUCAUAGUCGGAGAUUUACGGUAUUUGUGCACAUGCUUGAUUAGUUGAACAGAAGGCAGAUGUCUGUGAAGACAUGUAGAUACAAAAAUAUUUUUUCUGUUUUCUUUUCCUUGAACCAAAUGAAUGUAUUUAAUACCUGAACUUAUUUAACUGAAUGGAAAUUAAUUUCUCUCCCAAAUAAGAGGGCAGAAGGAAAUUAGAUAUUUCAUCUAUUAUUGAGUACAUUUUGUUUUUCCAACCAUGAAAGAACGACACUUGACAGGCUAAUGUUGUAUGCUUCAUUCAGAUUGUGCUUGAAUUAAUUGAGCUUCGUGAACUUGGUGCUGCCAGAUCAUUACUUCGUCAGACAGAUCCAAUGAUUAUGUUAAAGUCGCAACAACCUGAUAGAUACCUACAUUUGGAAAACUUACUGGCAAGAUCUUAUUUUGAUCCAAGGGAGGUGAGUGGCCAUGAAUGUUAUUGUGGAAUUUAUAGCUACGGAUAGGUGAAUGUGACUACCACAGUUCGCUGCAAGGCCAUUGUCAAGGAACUGGAAAUGUAAAGAUUUAGUUCAUUUAAGUUGUGCUGUUUUUCUCGCAGGCAUACCCUAAGGGAAGUAGUAAAGAACGAAGAAGAGCCGCAAUUGCCCAAGGUAUUGCCUUAGAAAGUUACUAGGAAAUUAAUCCGUAGAAACCGAUAAUCUGCAACUUUCAGGCAGAUCGGUUAUCGGCUAAUCACAUUGAUAAAUAUUACCAUGUACCGGCCGUCCAAUAAAUAUAAUUCUGGCUUUUACUUGUGAUAUUUACUCUUCUGUGUCAAGAAAAACUAUGUGGGUUUGUCAAACAGAUUCUCUUUCAUAAAGGAACUGUCAGAUCUACUUACGCUGUUAGUCAUUUACCAGGAUACUUUUCCGAAAUAAAUUGAUUACCGCUGUUAGUUGAGUCAAUCUCUUCCUCGACUAUCGUAACGACAUUUCGGGUCUCUGUAAAGAACGGAAACCGAAACGACCGAAUCCGGAAAUGACCGAAAGCGGAAACGACCGAAACCGGAAAUUCCCGCCUAAAUUUCCCGCAUAACGAAUAAUUAUAUUGUUGACGCUCGAUCGCUGGCAUUUAGAUAAAUAUCGUCCAAAAGUAAGGUUGUAUACUAUUUAACUGCUGACAAUUUUGUAAAUUAUUUAAUAAUCUUACUGCAUAUUAUUAACUUUCUGAACAAUGCCGGUUCAUGCCGGUUUUGUUUAAUUUAAUAAAAACGAUAUUGCAUUCACUUUCUCAUUUGACAUACGAUACAGCUUCCACUAAAAUGGCACGCUCUUGAUUUUGAAAAUAUUACUGAAUACAUCCUCAUUUAUCUGACUGCAUUUUAAUAGCUUCAAAUAUUCAGAACAUUGUUCUUUCAAUCACAAGCAGUACAAGUAUUAUUGCAUUCAAUGGUAGUAUUUUAUUUGACUUUUAAUUUGUAUGUGUAUUGAUUAACUAGUAAUGUAUUACCUGCAGCCUAUAUUUAAUAUAUUGUGCGGCUUGGUAAUGCUUCGUAUUGUUAUAUACAUUUCUUUAUCCUGCUGAUGAUUGAAAUAUUGUCGAAACGUUGGUAAAUAUAAAAAUGUUAUCGAUCUUUGGAGUUUACACACUUCUUUUAUACAUUUCGUCCUACAUUUCACGCCCUGCGUCAAUUUGAUAGUUGACAGUCUUUAUUAUAAGGGAAGAAUGAAUAAAACGCAUGGUUCAGUGCAGGCUCACAUUUCUACCAGUAAGCCUGCUAGCAGGCUGAAUUUUAGGCAAUGCAGGAAAUUGGGCGGGAAUUUCCAGUUUCGGUCGUUUCCGGUUUCGGUCGUUUCCGGAUUCGGUCGUUUCGGUUUCCGUUCUUUACAGAGACCCCGACAUUUCUGUUACUGGCCUGUUAACUUUUGUUAGUAAUAUUUUGCUAGCAUUUUGCCCCAAUUUUGAGUGUUGGAAAUUCCUGUUAACAAAUAUCAGUAACCACAGAUAAAUCGGUUUCCUUUACUUCCCAGCUUUAUCCGGUGAGGUGUCGGUGGUUCCACCAUCUCGCUUGCUAGCUCCGCUUGGUCAGGCAUUGAAAUGGCAACAGUAUCAAGGACUACUACCUCCUGGUACUUCCAUUGAUAUGUUCCGAGGCAAGGCAGCUGUACGCGACGAGGAAGAGGAAAAAUAUCCAACACAUCUCAAUAAAACUGUCAAGGUAAUUAUAGAUUUGACAAAUUUAAAAUUGAUUAUGCAUAUGACCAAUGUUAAAUUGGUUACAGAUAUGACCGAUUUUUAUUGGUUAUUUUGGGUCAUUCAACAUUGAGUGACCAAAAGAAAUUAAAUUUACCAUUUGAAGAUGCAACCAAUUAUGUAUUGGUCGGAAUGACCAAUACUGAAUUGGACAUUUUAACCAAUUUGUUUUUAUUGUGUAUGCCGUAUUUUUGUUUUGUAAGGUUAUGGACAGGGUGCAAUAAUACACCCUUCCGGAAAGGACCCCCCACUCAUUUGGGUACAGUACACCACUGAUCUUGUGAACAUUUAUAGAAUAUUUCUCUAUACAUAAAUGUCCUAGUUUGGUUCGAAAUCCCAUCCAGAAUGUGGUUUGUUCUCGCCCGAUGGACAGUACUUGGUGACUGGUAGUGUCGACGGUUUUAUCGAGGUCUGGAAUUUUACGACGGGAAAAAUAAGAAAAGACUUGAAAUAUCAAGCACAGGUAGGUCCAGGGUAAAUGAACAAAUAAUAGAGAGUUUAAGCUUCGCGUUAUACGUCAAACGGCAAACGCCAGACAAAGAAAAAUUUUACGGUAUCAGGCAAUAAAGAGUGAAUGAACUUGCUGUUUUAAAACUGCAAUGCAUGAUUAUUCUUUCGACACAGGAAAGAAAAUAUGUAUUAUUUUUAAUAAUGCUGUGUGCACGCUGCAUUAUUUUUAAUAAUGCUGUGUGCUAUUUUAGCCCGUAUAAACAUUUACCCCUGGGAAUUUCCCUACAAUCAAAAAAGACCGCUCCCGUUUUUCAGAAGAACGCUAAAACUUCUCGACAUUCGCUGAUAUAAUGCAGAGAGAAAACAAUAGGUUAUUGUGACCGUCAGUAAUUAUACGUCCAUAAUACACGUGCUCUCAUAUCAUAGAAUAUAUAUUAUCAUUUUAGAAUGGCGGACAUGGACGAGCGGUGACUUUUGAGCGGCGGUGUGAAAUCGUGUAGACUAGAGUGUAUUACAACUGAGGUUGAUAGUAUUAUAGCACAGUGCUUUAUCUAUCAAAGAUACGGAGCGAUGUAUACAUGAAUAGAUGCCAGUGGAUAGUUUUGAUAUAAAAUUAUAAGUCAGCAGCUGAAUUAUAUCAGCGAGCUUAUUCUUGUAUUAUUAUAUCGCGAUAUAACCCACGGAAAGGAGAGACCGCUCGCAGUCUAUACCAGCGAGCUCAGUUACUCUUGUAUUAUUAUAUCGCGAUAGAGCAAGGUUUACAUGGCCCAAUAAAUAGUAAAUAAUAAAGUAAGAUUGAAAUUUUGCUCCAGAGGUAACAUGCCAGCCAAGCCGACGAGAGCCAGCUAGUGAACUAUAAAUGUCUGUGUAUAAACUAUCGAGUGUUUGCGGUGAAGUAUAAUAUUUUUAAUAGCAGAAAUUUCUGUACUCGGUGACAGCGUAAUCUGUAGUCAGUAAUGUCAGUUCGUAUUGUUUCCGAGACGUUUUGUAAAAUCAGUCAUUCCAAGCUUUUAUCAAACUAUUGGUAUUUCUCACUUUAAUAUGCAGUUAUGGCAAUUUCAUUGAUAAACUGUAAAAUAUUGUAUUGGCAUGUACUAAAAAGCGAAAUGUCUAUCUACGCAGAAUAUUCAUCAUACUGUAUAUUCUAGCAUGCCCAACCCAGACUGCCCCUUUUAUAUAAAUGUAGUCUAAAUAUUCGUCAAAGUAUAUAAGUGAGAGUGCUGUGUUAUUUGACAAAGAAGUUACGCAAGCAAGUAUCAACACAAAUACAAAGUUGUAAAUUCGGGUUGACUGACUUUUAAUGGCUAACGCGCCACCAGAAGAUCUUUCAACCUACGAAUUUGAUCCUUGUUUCCCUUGCCCACUGGAAGAGCAGCCAGAGACCACGUUAUAAAAAAAGGACCAUGCCAGCCAACCGACGUAGAUUAUCCAAAAGACAGAUUUAAUCGAAAAUUUCUCUCAUCGUGGAUGAGUAUUCAAAGUCAUCUGAUAUAGCUUUUGUUUCUACUGCCGAGUUUUCAACGGACAGGUAUAUAACACAUCGUAUAUAUAGAGUAAACACGUCUGGCGAUAUUUACAUUUGAAACAACUGAUCGUUAGAGUCAAUGAUAAAGAGAUAAUUAUUUUGUAUAUUAUACAACCUCUAAAACUAUUAUAUCAUUUAUUUAUUUGUAGGUCUCGUUCAAAGGGGGGGGGGGGCGCAUUCAUCAAAACUGGAUUUAAUAACUGGAAGAAAAGUGAGGCUUUUAAGAAAGACGAAAGUUCCGAGUGCCACAAGAACUCUCUCAAGUCGUUUCGCAUUUGGAAAAGCCACAAACCGGUAGAUCACCAACUUAGCGAAGAUGCAGAGAGAAGAGUCUUACCGUCAGCUAAAAGUAUGUUUUUCAAGUCAAUGUUCUUUUUGCCUUGCUGUAUUGUAUAUUGAAUCAAACGAACAUUCGAAUUCCUCUGAAUCUGUACAUGUCAUUCCUUUCUAAUGUUGCUUUGUAUUUUUAGGUUAAGAAAAAUCGGACUAUAAUUGGAAAAAUUCUGGGUGUUGUUCGAUUGCUGGGGAGACUUAAUUUACCCUUCAGAGGCCAUCCGGAAGGCGAAUGUUCACUAAACAACGGCGUAUUUAAAGAAUUUAUUGAGCAUAUGGCAACGGUUGAUCCUGUUAUGGAAGAUCAUCUUAAAAACUGCGCAGGUAAACUAAUAUUUUUUUAUCACAGCUGGCGACUUUGUAUAUGUACUGAAUUUUGUCUAAUUAUCUUUUUACAUAAUUAACUUACAAAAACUUUAGGAUCUGAUUUGAACUAGGCUUGUGUCUACGCGAUGGUUAGUUUAUAUAAAUCUUUUCAAAAUACACGACCUUACUAUAAUGAAGUCGGUUUGUAAUAAAAUAAUAUAUUUAAAUGAUUAAUGUGAAUGUCCUAGAUCCGUCCUCGCUUUCCUUGCUCGAUACAACAGUACGUGUGUUCACUGUCCCGUGA